UACAUAUGAGUAGUAAAACAAAUACAAGAAAAAAUUUUUGCUAUGUCGUGUGAAAAUUGUUUACAUUUGAUAAAAUUAUUAAAUUUACAAGAUAAUUUUGUAAUACCACAACAAAUACUAUUAAUUAAGGGUGUUGUGGAACAGCCUAAGUGUUAUAAACAACAAGAUAUAGCGUUAUAUAUAGAAAAUAGGCAAAUUUUAAGCACCGGCUUAUGUCACAACACGGGAAGAUUUAAAUUUUUAAUCGAUUUGGGCCAAGAAAAUAGAAAAUUUCAAUUAAAUUUCUCUUACGGCAAAGUAAAGUUGUUAAUAAAUAUAAUUUAUGAAAAAAAGGAAUCAUUAUAUAAAAUCCAACCUUUAAUAAUACUGGCCAAAGAUGAAGUGCAACAAAAUGAAAUUGUUAAGUUAAAUCAACAAAUAAUUGAUUUAAAUUUAUUAUUAAUACAAACGGUAUAUGCGGAAAAGUUGUGGGAGGCGGUUAAGCAAAGAUUAACCUUUGUGUUUAAUGAUAAAUGUAAGAUAUUUAUUUCCAAACUCACCAAGAAGGAGAUAUGGCAGCUUGAGGAACAGGAUUUGUGGCUGCAAAUUGCUAAGGAUCUACUGGCCUCAGAGUGGGGUAACCAGGAUCAUAUAAAGUCUAUAGCUUUUAUAAACUGCAGCAAGUAUUUGGGCUCGGAAAUAGAGAAAUCCAAAGAUUUUUCGUAUCAAAACAUAAGAAAACAUAUCAAGGGUCAUGCCGCCUUGGGAGCAGGAGGUUUGGCCUUGUUUAGUACUACUUACUUUUACAGUUGGCCUAGUGAAUUUGCCGACAUUUUCAAAUGCUUUCUAAAUCAACAAAACUUAAAUCUUGCUUUCGAACCAGAUGACAGUAAUUAUCGUAAAACUAAAGCAGGAGUAUAUGCCUCCAGUUUAGGAGCUGUGUGCCAUGAAAUAGGUCAUAUUUUUGAUUUAGGCCAUGAUUUGCAAGGUGUUAUGGGCUCUAAUUUUGAUUAUAUUAAUCGAGUGUUUACCUUACAAACUAAAACUGAACACUUGCCGGAAAGGAUAGUGCAGCAAAAGCCGAUAACAGCAAAUAAACCACGUUUUACUCGUUUAAAAGAUCCGGCCAAUGGUUUUUUACAACGUUACCGGGAGCAACAAGAAAAUGAUUCGUUUUAUUUUUCUCCAAAUUCAGCAGUGAUUUUAGCCCAUCAUGCUUGGUUGAGAAAGGAUUUGGAGACGUUUCAAAGUAAUGCCUUUAAGGUAAAACUGGAUUUGACUUUGGGUAUUGUAAAGAGCUUGGAAUUACCCUUAAAGAUAAUAGAAUUACGUGAAAAUUCUAAUAGCUUGGUUAAAGAAUGGUUUGAGUUGCAAAAGACGUCGGAAGAGAAGCCGGUAUUUGAAUUUGAUUUAAAAGUUUUACGCAAUAACUUACCGAAGGAUAAUUAUUUAUUUGUUAUGAGUAUUUAUGGCCAUACUAAGAAAUUGGAAUUGUAAUGGAAUACUUGGUAGACAAUAUCUUUAAACUGUUGUAAAAACCAAAGAAAAGUGGUUUCAAAACUGGCAGGUGUUUGAAAAUAUAACAAGAAGAAUUCUUUAAUAAAGUUAUCCUUUCCAGUAGACUACAAAAAUAUAUUAAAUAGAAGCCUAAAUAUAUGCUACAAAAAAUCCAAAGAAAUUAGCUUUAAAUCAAGUUUUGUAGAAUUUUAUAAAAAAAAAAACUUAAAAUGC